AUGUUCCGAGCAGCUGCCGCCCGAGCGCUUCGCGUUGCCGCACGUCCGCAAUUCACACAACAAAUCAACCUCGUUAGACCCCAGAUUGCUGCAUCAUUACUCAGAAACUCUCAGACAACACCAUCAUUGCUCAUCCCGAGCAUAAGAUUUUAUUCUGCUCCGGCUGGCCUGUCGAGGGAAGAGGUGCAAGGACGAAUUAUGGAUCUGCUGAAGAACUUUGACAAGGUCGAGGAUCCAACGAAGAUUUCUGGCCAGGCACAUUUUGCGAAUGACCUCGGAUUAGACUCCCUUGAUACCGUCGAAGUGGUAAUGGCUAUUGAAGAAGAGUUCAGCAUUGAAAUUCCAGACAAGGAGGCAGACGCCAUCCACAGUGGUACGUGA